CGACCGAGGACUGUCCCCGACGGGUCGACAAACAAAACGGGCGCACGUGUAAGAAGAAGUGCCAAAACGGGACUUGUGUGAGUCCCAGAAAGGACUGUCUCUGUGAUGGGGCGUGUGGCAAAAGCUGUAUCCUCAGAAAUAUGAAAUGCAGGACCCUCCAGAAACGGAUCCCACACGGGUCUGUGCACGUGGUCCCAUACAACAUGUUCGGGGCAAUGGCGCGCUACUCGUGUGAUGACGGCUACGAGAUCAGCGGUGUUGCCAGGCGCGUUUGUCAGGGCGACGGGGAAUGGAGCAACGAGGAACCGGAAUGUAUCAUCAGCUCUGAGGUAACAGUGAACACAGACUGUGGACCUCCGCCGGUUGUACACAAUGCCAAACACGAUCGUGAGCCGUGGGCGACGUCGUUUGAACAGGGAGUCAUGCUGCAGUACGAGUGUGACGUCGGAUUUACAUCAAACAGAGGGAGUAUCUUCCGGGCGUGGUGUGUCCGGAGUGGAUGGGUGGGACCUAACAUGACGUGUAGCCACGCUGGGUGUCCCCUAAACCACACUUCCAUCGAGAACGGGGGGAUUAUCCCCCCUAGUCAGAUCACAACGGGCGUCAAACUGCAAUACUUCUGCAAGCAUGGCUAUUUCUUAGCUGGGCGGGAGGAGCGCGAGUGUCUCCCAGAUGGCACGUGGGGAGGGCGUGAGCCGAGCUGUGAGAAAGUGACGUGUGGACCACCACCCAUCAUCGAACACGCCAUCAUCAUGGAUAUCGAGACUGACGGAACGUUUGCAUCCGGGCAACAGCUUACGUAUGCUUGUGACCGAGGUUACGACAUGAAAGGAGACCCGAGAGCGAUGUGUAACACGGAUGGCGAUUGGACCUGGUUAGGAAUCAGGCUCAUGUGUAGACCCAUCAACUGUGGAUUCCCCGGGAACCUGGUGAACGGCUGGCAAUCGGGUCAUCGCUUCUUCUUCGGGGAGACGGUCACUUAUCAUUGUAACGAGGGAUACGAACUCAUAGGGCAGAGAAACCGGACUUGUGAGGAAAACAAAAAAUGGUCUGGAUUUCUACCGAAAUGUAUAGCUGUGGAGUGCCCGACUUUGCGAGCUCCUCUCGAAGGCACGAUGGUAGGUUCCGGGAAUGCUUUCGGAACAGUUCUGCGGUUCGAAUGUAACGAGGGAUUCCGACUGUCCGGUUCAGUGGAGAGACGCUGUCAGGCAGAUAGAACAUGGAGCGGCGAAACAGUCCUUUGUCAAGCUCGCUCUCCAGGUAGAUCCUCUCAAAACAAAUACUCGAGCUCGAGAUGGGACUCACCCAAUAAGGUCAACUGUCGGUGGCCAGAGCCGUUCUACAACGGAUACGUCCUGGGCGAAACAACUACGGUCGGGUCAGAGCUUUUCUUCAGUUGUAGUGUUCGUACCAACUUUGACGGAAUUUCGCUGUCCACCAGAUGUUUAGAGAACGGUGAAUGGUCCUCCCCUCCACCUACAUGCUGGGGGCAGUGUGAGGUCCCCACUAUCUUGAACGCCUCUUUGGACAAAUACCGAGAGGGCGAAUGGGUGCGAAGUGGCCUCGACCUGGAAUAUCAAUGCAAGAAUGGCCUCGUUCCGGAUGUAACCAAUCGCGUGCGAUGUCACAACGGUACUUGGACGUCAAUGCCGCGAUGUGUACCAGCUGCGUGUCCCCGGCCCCCACCCCACGUCGACUACGGUUUAAGGGUGUUUGACGGUUUACGACACAACAGCCGGGCUAAAUACAUCUGCCGGAACGGCUUCCGGCUCCGGGGCAUGCCUGCCGACAAUUCUUUCCUCACAUGCAAGUUCGGGUUAUGGACAGGAGGAAACCCAGUCUGCGAGGAAUUUUAUUGCCCAAACCCUGGAACGAUUGCAAAUGGGAAAAUUUACAAGAAUGGUCUUCGUGCAAUAUUCGAUUUCCAGCACUACAUAAAAACAAUUCGACAUGGAGACCGGAUCCUCUUCAAGUGUAAGGAGGGUUUUGUGUUGAAUGGACCAAGUGGCGCUACAUGUGUCAAUGGACAAUGGCGCCCUCCUAUCAAUAAUCCGGAUCGCAAAUGCAAACCUGCCACGCACGCGCCGUUUCCAAAACUGUGGAUACCAUUAGAGGAAAUGCCUGAAACGUAGUACUGGGGUAUUUGAGAUAUAUUUGUGUAGCGAGUGAGUGACGCCAAGGGGAGAGUUUUGUACAUUUACUUUUAUUCCGUGUGCUAUGAAUGCUCUUGUGGCUGUGGAAGAGAGGAUGGCCGAACAGACAUCGGCGUCACUCAAACGCCCAAUGGGCGACAACUCUCAUGGAUUUCAAUACACCGCAAUUCUACUAAAUUCACUGUAGUUUUGAGAAUAACGGAAGAGUCCAGUUGAUAUUACUGAAACCUGAAAUCAAAAUUGUAAUGUACACGUUCGUAAUUUUUAUCGUUUUUGUAUGGUAAUUAAGACUGAAGCUAAGCAUAUGUACUCCUGACUUGUUGCUAUAUCAACGCAACGUCUCAUUAUUUCUAUCCUUGGUGCAGUAGACGGCGGGCUUCUGUGAGCAUGCUCCGCCUCGAUUACAGAUAAGUGAGUGACCUAGUUAUUGGCAGGUUGAUAUCAUUAUUUUGUCGAUAAUUCUAGUUCAUCUUUCAGCAUUAUCAUCAAAACAUAAUUAACUGUUCACGGUGUUUUAGCACCGGUACGCAACUUAGAUACGUGUGUACCUAUUUUUAUAGUUGACUGUAUCGUAUCAUGUGUAGUGGUGUGUGUACUAUAUAGGAUAGUGCAUACGAUCGUGUAUAUACCGUAUUGUAUUUACGAUUACAGUCAGACAAUUAUUUGACCAGAUUGAAGUGUACUUAUAUUAACAUGUAACAUGUGGUUUGUACUGGGGGUCGGUGGCUUUCCAUAUCAGUAAAAGUCACGUGCUCCCAUUUUCAUGUUCCCAUCAUCAAACAAAAAAAAUUCCUGAAAUAUACUUGAUAUACAUAAUCUCACAUUUUAGCAAACCUCAGUUCCAUUUUAUCAUACGAUCAAUAUCUUUUUCAAAUAUUCGGAAAAACAUGCUUUUCCAGGUCAAGUUUGAAGUAUCAAUUCAGCUACUAUGCCUCUAAAUCUGAUUUUCUUCAUUGUGACGUCAUAAAAUAAACUAGUAGUCAGUGAUGUGAUAUCUUGGUCACGAUACGAAUUAACACACUAAAGUAUGUCAUGGGUGUUUUUCACUGAAUAACACGGUAAUCGCUGGAUUAAUUUAAAUAAAGUGUACUUUAUAUGACAAAUGAAAUGCUUGACAAAAUGUUUGAAAAUUAUUAUGACAUGUGAAAGAACCAGAAAUAGAAAUGACCUAUACGGAUACCUGAAAUGCCGUAUUUAGAUUAAAACUCUUCCAACGUGUAUGCGUUUGUUAAAUAACAUUCUUCACGGUCCAUAAACAAAGAUGUGUUUAGGGCCAAUAAAAGGUCGAAAAGACUCGCCAAAAGAAAUUGUAUGAAACAAACAAAAAGCAAAAAGACGAAGGUAAAAUUGAAAAGGAAAAGUGGCUAUAUUUAUAUAUUUUGAACAGACUCAACAGUUUUCAAGUAGUCUAGAAUUGUAGAUAAUAUUUAAUGUUUCGAAAAUAGAUCUGAGAUUUGUCUUAAUCCGUGUGUGAAGGAUCUAAGGAGACAUUUGAACUGAUUUGUGGGAGAUCUCUAUUCUGGAUUACUUUGCCUUAGUUCCAUUUUUCUCCGCUAGACUGUGCUCUUUGAUACAUGUAUUUAAGCAGGAUAACCUAGCGGAGAGUAGAACAAACUACGGUAGGUAGACUAGUCGAGGAAGACCUCACGAGAUAUUUGAAAUGAAGUGUAAAAACCAUACAAAGAAGUACUCGCGAAGUACAAGUGAUUUAAAACACAAGAAUACAAUCCCACGCGGAAUGAACCUAACCACUGUAGGUUAUCGGUAGUAUUUUACAGCAGAUCCAUGUACAUUGUCGUAUUUUUGAUAAUUAAACAUCGGUGCCAUUUUUUCAUGCAA